GGAACUCGGAACACCGGCAGAGAGGUUCCCACCACCGGGGGGGCUGUUUGGUCACUGGUGUUGUCGUUGGAACUUGAAGCGACUGUUCGCCGGGACUUGGAGAUUUCCGUCAAGCCGCUGCUCGUCUUUCCUCUCUGCUAAAACGGAAUUCACCGCAGAUAAUGCCGCUGCUGUACUCGUGCAUCACAGAAGGUGUUGCGUCGAAGAAGAAAGCCAAUGAGAACUCAAAGAUUAAGUUUUAAUAAAUUAUAAUUUGACCCCUAGAAUUGUUAACAGUUGCAAUUCUGUCAUUUCUUAUAAUUUGAGCAUAAAGGUAGGCAAUUACUACAAAUUAAACCAAAGGUGCUAACUAAUGAAUUGGUGGCUACUUAUAAGUUAUGUAGGAAAUUAUGAAACUGACCUCUUAAUAAUAUUAGGUGGAUUUGGGUUGAAUUAGAUAUUGGGAAUCACAAAUUGGACUAAACAAGAGAAUAAGGUCACGCGGGUGACGUCGUUCAUCCGGUGGUCUCGAUGGUUAAAAACGUGCGCACGGUGGUCAUUGACCCCUGGCGAGAUCCAGCGGGGGCCUCAACCCCCUCCAUUGCGAGAGCUUUGGAGUUAUGAGUGUGGGUUUGGGUGAGAGCCUGGAUUCCACACUCCUGUAAGUAUGAAUUGAAUUAUAUUAGCAGACAGAUGGAAUAAGUAUGCAUAAGAACUAAACUAAAUUAAAAGGAAUGAAUCUUAUCGUUAACUAUGACAACGAUCAUCACUCUGAGGAUGGGAGCAUGCAACAGAACGACCACCAGAAUAUGAACAUGAACCAGAACGUCCCACACCAAGAGGCGCCGAAUGGUGGGCCUGUUGGGGUCCCACAGAUCGACCAUGCAAUGAUGAUGCAGCUCCUACAGCAAGUUCUGAUCAUGAAUCAGAAUGCCUUAGCGCACGUUCGACUACCGGAACCGAGGAUCACGCUCGAGAAACUGAAGAAAAACGGCGCUGAAGAAUUCCUAGGCGAGAACAUCACCGACCCAUUGAUUGCGUUUAGAUGGAUAGAGCGCAUACAACGGGUAUUCGAGAAUUUGAAGGUUCCAGCUAGCGAGUGGGCUGAUUUUGCGGUCAUGCUUUUACAGAGUAAUGCGUACGAGUGGUGGAAGCGCACUACUCGAAAUGCGAAUCAUCCAGCGCAAGUGACGUGGGCGUACUUUGAUCAAGUGUUCAGAGAGGAAUAUAUCCCAGAGUCGUUUGUGGAAGAGAAACGAGAAGAGUUUCUACAACUCGAGAUGGGUACGAUGAGUCUUCCCGAGUAUCGUCAGAUGUUCGACCAUCUUGCUGAGAUCGGCCAGGACUUGGUGAACACCACCAAAUGUCGUUGCGAUAGGUUCGUGAAGGGCAUGCGCCCGAAACUUCAGAAGCACAUGUCUACUGCAUCUAGGCAAGACUUUGGUGUUAUGUACGAACAGGCCAAGGAAGUGGUUCAAACUAAAGAAGGUGUUAGGCUCAACUUCAAGGGGAAAAGGAUGAGAGGGAUAGUGGAGAUAAGAACGGGAGGUUGUUCUUUGGUUGGUUUGGCCGUGGGUGUAGGAGGAGAAACAUCUUUGAAGUCAAAGACGCGUUCCACCGUUUCUAACCACUCGAGGAACUCGUCCGGGUCGUUCUUCCCUUCAAAAGUUGGAAUGUCAACUUUGAAGUCAGAACCUUCAUUGGCUUUAGGCUUCAUGGUUCCACUAGAACUAACGUCUUCUUCACGGUCACUGCCUUGUAGCUCGUUGAGUUUCAUCUUUGUGAGUUUGGCUACCUCUUUAGCCAAGUACUCUACUUGGGCUUUCAAGGCUGCAUUGGAGGCAAUGAGCUCUUCAUGGGACAAGCUUUGGGAUUCAUUUGACAUGAGCGAGCGUACGCCUGCUGCAUCUCAACGUCCACAAAGACCACGACAACCUGCUGCACAACAACAAGCUAGAGCUCCAGCCAGGACUUACGCCAUGCAGGGAAGAAUUGAUCCUAAUCAAGACGUCGACUAUGGAGUUUCGCCAGAGUUGUCGCCGGAGUUCUGCAAGGAUUGGCCGGAGUUUAAUUUGUCGAUUGAGGUAGGAAUCAAGGAUUUGAUGAGGAGCAGCCUGGAGGACAGUGAAGCGUGACGCUGGUGGAUGACCGAAGCUGUUUUAUUUAAACUAAAUAAGUUUGUUGGAUUUGUUUAUUUAAAUUACCAGAAUGUUGAAUGUUGUUUUUUAAAGGCUUCCGCAACGUUUCAGUUAUUUACUCUGAUUAAACGAUUUAUUGUUUUUUUUAAAUAAAUGUGGAUGUUUGUUUUAUUUCUAAAUGUUUUUAAAAUGUUGUGCAUGUGAAUACCAAAUUAGUGACAACCCGACUCGCUAACUCGUUAAUUCGGGUUAUGCGGGGAUAAAAGGCCUGCGCAACAAGUACACUUUUACAGAGCAAUAAUUAUAUUUUGAGUCCCGUGCGAAAAAGAAAAAGGCAUGGCUGUGUGGAGAAUCGUGUUCCGGUCAGCUUCUCGGUAAAAUACAGAGUAAAUAAAAAAGGAUAAUCGUGUUCCGGUCUCCUCUCUCAAUUUCGUCGGCGUCUUGGCCGAGCAAAUCGCCGGCGUCUUGGCCGAGCAGGUCGUCUCCUCUCUCAAUUCCGAAUGAAGAUCUUGUAGCAAUUUAUUAGAACUUUUAUGUCGACGAUGCCAAUAUGGUUGGAGUUCAAGCGAUGCUGUCAAUGCACUCCUCUCCAUUGGUAAGACAAAAGAGGAGAGGCCGAAGAACCGUCCUUGCACAGCUGCUCUCAUCACUCCCCUAAACUCAGAUUUUUUAGAAGCAAGGAUUUGAUCCGAAUUGCACCAUAAGCAGGUCUUUUAAGAUUGAAUCCGACCAUUUGGCCAUCUUUCAAAGGUAGUAUACAAUUUUGAUUAUAGGGGACAGUAGAAGUUUGCUAAUACUAAUGUAUGUAUGUUAAUAACACACAAAUGAAUAAGUUUCAUUUAU